AUGACAGUUGCUCAUCCUUUACCAACAGAAUGGCAAUUCUGGGUUAUCCAAAUUAAAUGGGAAGGUAAAAAUCGCAAUUUCGAGAUCGAACCAAUCGUUGGUUUCAAAACUGUCGAAGAUUUUUGGAAUAAUUUUAUGCAAUUUCCUCCAAUCGGCGAAAUUAAAAAAGGAGGAAUAUCUCUUUUCAAGAAAGGAAUCAAACCAGCUUGGGAAGAUCCUAAAAACGAGAAUGGCCAGGCAGUUACAAUUUCACUUUCAGUUUGGACUCAAGAACUAUGGGAAAAGAUUAUUCUUGCUAUUGUAGGAGGAUCCAUAGACGAUGUUAUCAAAGAACCAGAAUUAUGCGGAAUGUAUGCCAAAGUUAAUCAAAUAGGUUUAUCCGUAGCCUUAUGGUUUGGCCCUGGAGAGCUUAAUGUUAAUGCUUUAGCGGAAGUUCUAAGUCUUGAUCCUGCUGUUUUGCAAGUUAAAGCACAUCCAAAGAAUUAA